AGUGUGAAACGAACUGUUUGCAUUCGGACGUUACAUUUUCUAGUCCCAGGCAAAAUGAGUUUUGUAGUGAUUUUUUUUUCCAUUCCUGAUGCAUUUUACGACAUUCACUGACGAAAAUUGCAACAGAAAAUAUAAAAAUACACGAAAACAACAAGAUGCAUUCGCAGCGCACUCGCAACAGUUAACUGAAGUAGCACAAAAGAAUGGCUAUUUUGAUGCUGAAAUUGUACCGGUUCCAAUUUCAAGCCGCACCGGAGAUACGUUAUUUGACAAAGAUGAAUACCCAAAGCAUGGAACAACCGUCGAAAAACUUGCCAACUAAAACCCUGUUUCGAAGAGAAUGGAUCAGUCACUGCUGGCAAUGCAUCCGGAAUCAAUGAUUCAGCGGCUGCCGUACUUUUGAUGUCACAAGUGGAAGUACAAAAACGAUGUGUAACGCCUUCGGCGCGCAUUGUUGCUUUCGGUCAAGGCGGUGUCAAUCCAUGGGAAUGUGCACGGCCGCUGCAGUAGAAGUCAGUGUGCUCUUUUUGGUGUCUUUGAUCCUUUUGAUCGCGUACUGUUUGUCAAUUCUGUUGUCUUUUAUUUUCAACACCUCACCAAAACCAACUUCACUCAAAACUUUUUCGACAACAAAGUUGUCGAAUGAUCUGUUUAGACUCCGGAGUAGCGGAUGCUCGGUCAUUACUGAAACACUACGGGCUAAAUUGCACUUUGAAACGAAAUCAGACGCUUGGUACGAGGGCACGUCAAUCGAUUCAAUCAAUUCAGCCACAGCAACUAUGUCUCUUUUGUCAGACGUUAACAAAGUCCGUGCAUCUUCACUUCGUUUACGUGUUCUCGUCAUACGUUGUUCUAACGAAUUAUAAAUGCAAUUGAUUAAAAGAAGAUAUAAUACAGACAUAGUUCGAUCAAAAACUGAUUUUCACCUACAAAGAAGAGUUUAGGCUUCAUUUACAUUGCUUCCACUAGAUGGUAUGCAGUUCGAAAUAUACUGGUAUGAAAUACUUCAAUCGUGCACACAUAGCGACGAAAUGCAUAGUCCAAGGAAAAAAAUGACAGGUCUUAAACAAAAUUUACACACAUUAAAACAUACGAUCGACCGUGGUCCAGAACGCGGCGAAUUUUGAGGCAUUUGAUCCAGUGGCACAACAAAUGAUAGAGCGAGAGAUGCCAAAGUCACAGUAUCCAUCAUAGAAAGUGCAACAUGUAAUCCGAAGAAGUUUGUUUACAUACUUUGAUUAAAACAAACAAAUAGCUGAUGUUGGCACAACUCCGUUUGAUAUGUGCUUCAUAAGAACUUUACAUUGAAAGAAACUGUGCACAAGCAUUUGUGUUAGUGAAUAUCAGCUGCUGUUACGUACGCUGUUCAUUUCUAUUCAUAUAUAUUCGAACAGUUGCUUGCGUUCUUUUCAACCGAAGUGUUCACAUCGCGAACAUCAACCAGUUUGAUUUGGAUUUUAGCAACGGAUAUUGGUACGAUAAUAAUUCAAUUGCUUAAUUCGAGAAACAGUAAGAAAACAAGAAGAAAAUGUUUAAAAGUAAUCUAGACAACAAAGCUACUGCCACUGAGAAUAAUACUCAAAAGGAUCUUAAAAUCGGUGUAAAAAACAAAGUGAAAAAAGAAACCGAAGAGAAAAUUAAAAGUGUCAUCCAAAAAGUGGAAGUGCCAAAGCUUGAGAGAGAAGUCUUUCGAGUUGAUGUGCCAAAAGAUGAUUGGAUCAAGGAAUUUCGUCGACAGCAUCCGCGUACGAUUGAAGUCGAUGACAAUUUAACCAUCAAAUUCGAUCGCGAUCAAUGCGAUAAAUCGGUGGAAAUUUUCAUUCGAAACAAUGCUUGGAAGCCAUUCUAUUUGGAAUCCAUUCACAUCGAUUUGGCGUCGGUUAGUGUACGUGGUGAUGUUUGCACAGCAACAAUUGAACCAAGGCACGAAAUGUCGAUCAUUUUGGAUGCUCGCUUUGUACCGGACAGGUGCGUAAGUGUAGCCCGAGUUGUCUUUCACUUCAAGAAUAUGGGAAUUGUACGACGAUCGAUUGGUAUAUCCUAUCAUAAGAAAGGACCCACCAUUCAAAGGAGCCUGUAUGAACCACCAGAUGAUUUGAUGGAAUUGAUUUGCCUCGAAAGAAAUAUCUCGCAAUCAAAAGUACUUGAUUUUCUCGAUGCCCGAGUGCCUGCGGUCGAUGACGAUUAUGCAGGACACUUUCACAGCUUACUGUAUUUGGAGGAGAUUGGAUUGACUAAGGCAUUUAAAGACAUGUACAAUCGAGGAAAUGCGCAUUUUGGUACGACUUUGGUUUCCAAGCAAAAUGGACGAGAGAUCCGUGAAAAGUACGAGCGAGGUGUUUACGAUUUGACUGUAAAUGAUCUAUUUGAAACACGACCGUCACUUCAAAUGGGUGACAAAUUGACCGUGAGAAAGCAGUCCAAACCAAAUAUCAGCUACGAAGGUGUCAUCAUUGACAUCAAAGAAGUGGACCUAAUCGUUGUUAAAUUCGACGAUGAUUUCGUUAAAACUUUCGAUCAUUCAGCAUAUUCGAUUGAAUUUUCUUUCUCGCGUUCAUAUGCCAUACGCCAACAUUUUGCUAUUGACUUAGCACUUGAAUUGUUUGGAUUGGACAUUCUGAUGCCGAAUGAAAUUAGUUUACGUGGCGCACCACUGUUGGGUGAAAAUGACGAAAUGGUACAGCAAACACAUGGGAAGAAACUUUCCUGGUUCAAUGAACAUUUGAACAAGCAACAAAAACAAGCCGUUCAACAAAUCAUCAGAAGCGAUUUAUUGAAUCCAUAUUUGAUUUUCGGACCGCCUGGAACUGGAAAAACGACGACACUUGUUGAAAUCAUCUUACAACUGUUGGCAUUGGGCAAAGAAUUUAAAAUUCUAAUUUUAACCCAAAGUAACAGCGCAUCAAAUCUCAUCACACAGCGUUUGGCUCAAUCGAAGUUUCUCGAUUCGGACAGUUUGCUACGCUUGAUAUCUUACAAUUACUCGAGUCGAAGCGAUGUUAUACCAAAAGACAUUGAAGAGUACAGUAAAACCAUUGACGAUUUGGUCGAUGGAGGAAAACAGAUGAAGCUUUGUAAACUUUUAGAGACCGUUAAGAGCUAUCGUGUUGUGAUCGGAACAUUUGCAAACAUUUCCAAAUUACUUGAAUCGCGUUCGCUGCGCAAUCAUUUUACGCAUUCAGUAAUCGACGAAGCGGGUCAGUGCACCGAACCCGAUGUACUUGUACCAAUGGUGUUGAUUGGUAAAAGAGGUCAAACCAUCAUGGCUGGUGAUCCGAUGCAAAUGCCUCCGCUGAUCAUAAACCGACAUGCAAAUAACCGUGGCCUGGGUGUGUCAAUGCUUGAUCGUCUAAUCAAAAGCUACUCAAAUUUUAACAAUGACGAUGCGGGACAUAAGAAAAACUUUGGUCCAUGUUUGAUUUCGAAAUUGGAUCUAAACUACCGUUCAUUGCCAUCAAUUUUGGAAUAUCCCAAUACACAGUUCUACAACUCUGAGCUAAUUCCAACGAUCGAUGCCGAAAGCAGUCGCGAGGCCAAACUGCUGAAGCAUUUGGAUGGCAUUUUUAAAGAAAUCGAGAAACCAGGCGCAUAUGGCAUUCAUUUUAUCAAUGUUGACGGCCGUAAUGAGAAACGGGAAACAUCAUGGUUCAAUGUUGCCGAAGUUACAGUGACCAAAGAAAUCGUGGACAGACUAAUGCAGGUGAAGAAUAAUGCAGAUGAAUUCAUUUUGAAUGAAGAGGACAUCGGUAUCAUCACUCCGUAUUUUCUCCAAUUCAAAGCUCUUAAACGUAGACAUGAAAAGAGGCCAAAUAUCAUGAUUGGUACGGUUGAAGAUUUUCAAGGAUUAGAACGAAAGGUCAUUCUGAUUUCAACCGUUCGAACAUGUCCUGCCGCAGCAAUUGUCGAUGUAGAUAGACAAUUGGGUUUUGUUAAAUGCCCAAAUCGCAUUAAUGUGGCCACGUCACGUGCACGUGUGAUGGUUAUCGUGGUUGGAAAAGCGGAUUUAUUAUCACGCGACAAACAUUGGCAUGCAUUAAUCGCUGGAUGCAAGGAGAACCACACAUAUCGAGAUUCGAUCAUGAUUCAAUAAAUUUUGAGACAAGUCGUGUGCACGUAUAUCACUACGUUUAAUUUGAAAUGCGACGUUUUUCGAAAUGAAAAUUCCUAACAAAUAUCCACAUCGACCAACAAAAACAAAACUGUUCAAGUCUUAAAACAAAGCAUAUUCAAAGCGAUAUUCUACAUCAAACUCAUUGUAAUACAUAUUAUCAUUGUGAUCACAAUUGAAGCAUGAAAAUAAAAUAAAAACAUCGCCAACCGGUUGUUAUCACAAGAAA